CUCUUACUCAACUCGAAAUGGCGACCGCCUCGAAACAAUAUGUCGGCCCUGGCCACCUGUCGCAAGAGCAGAAGCCAAGUGCUACCGUGUCUGCAGAGGUUGCUUUUGACAAUGUUCACGUCCUGUCCCAGACACCGCAGCUCAUCGCCCUUCUCUCGAUGAUUCGGAACAAGGAUACAGAACGCGCAGACUUCAUCUUUUACUCGAAUCGCAUUAUCCGGCUCCUCGUGGAGGAAGGCUUGAAUCAUCUUCCUGUCAUCGAGCAUGACAUCACCACUCCAGUUGGGCGUACAUACAAUGGCCUGAUGUUUCAAGGAAAAAUUUGCGGCGUGUCUAUCAUGAGAGCUGGUGAGGCUAUGGAGCAAGGCCUUCGAGAUUGCUGUCGGUCCGUCCGCAUCGGCAAGAUUCUCAUUCAAAGGGAUGAGGACACUGCGCAGCCCAAACUCUUUUACGAUAAACUUCCCGAAGAUAUCGCGGAACGCUGGGUCCUCCUACUUGACCCGAUGUUUGCGACAGGUGAGUCUAUUGGGCGCGCCAGAUUGUCCUGAUCGUGCCUACUAGGCGUCGGGCGGAGGACCGGAUGGUCGGGGCGUUUCCAAGGAUGAGCACUGCCCAGCUAACAAUCCUACACGCCUAGGCGGCUCGGCCAUCAUGGCUGUGGAGGUGUUAAAGGCACGAGGUGUGCCAGAGGACCGUAUUCUGUUUCUUAACCUGAUCGCCAGCCCGGAAGGUGUAGGCAAUUUCGCCACGCGAUUCCCCCGUUUGAAAGUUGUCACUGCCUUUAUCGACGAGGGGCUUGAUGAAAAGAACUACAUCGUUCCCGGCCUGGGCGACUUUGGCGACAGGUUCUACACCAUCUAAUGAUUGCCUAGAACCUGACUUUGUCGCUCGCAUGGUGUAGCAAGACCGUGCGCAGUUUUCCUGCAAUUACCGGUCUGGCACGUACAGGGAACUGUUACGAAGCACACGUUCCUUAAUACUCGUCAUCCGCCACUAUGCCAUCACCUCCGUAGCGCCUUUGGUCGUCCUCGUCCUCGUCGUGAGCCGUGGGGGGUGCUGCUACUCGGCUGUCUUUUGCUGAUGGUCUGGCCGUCCCUCCAUAGCCUGAUCCCACCGUAUUUUCCUUGGCGACGGCAUCUGAUACAACACGAUGAUCAGUCCAUCAUUUCUCUUUGAGAGGGGGCCGCCGAAAAGACACAGGGAAUGCGAGGCGGACUCACCUGCAGCAUCAACCCACUCCCCAUAAACGUCAACAGCGGCCGAUAAGUCUGUUUCAGGCUGUCAGUGGAUGGGCGAUGUUGGGAAAGUACCGAACUCGCAAACGGAGCGAAGAUGCAGUGUUGAGAGGGCACGGCGCGCUGUUCGUAGACCAGGUCGGUAUCUGAAGUCGGGGCAUACAAUUGACGGCACAUUGAAACGUUUGUCCACAAACACGGCAAUCAAGCUGCCCAAUACCGGCCUUCCUAUCGAG